CCCCUUCCCGCCGCUUCCCCGUCGCUAGGGAGACGCGCGCCGCCAUUUGGGCGUGAGGCGGCGCCGCCGCCACUUCCGGUCAGGCGUAGCCUCACUCCCCCGGCCCAAGCGCGGCUUUUCCCCGGCCUUUCCCCGGCCCAGCCCCGGCCCCGCGGAGCUCCUGAGGCGGAGGUGGAGCGGGACGCGCAGGGUCCCCCCGCGGCGGCCGCGGCCGCCAUGGCCGCCGUGUGGCAGCAGGUGCUCGCCGUGGACGCCAGGUACGCGGCGUACCGCACGCCGCAGCUGCCGCAGUUCCGCACGCAGUACGUGCGGCGGCGCUCGCAGCUGCUGCGGGAGCGGGCGCAGGGCGGGGCGCUGGCAGGUGAGGCGCGGCGCUGGUACCUGCGGCUGCGGGCGCGGCUCCUGGCCCAGCGCUACGGGGCCCUGUCCGAGCCCGGCAGCUGCCGCAGCGGCCUCAGGGCCAGCAGGACCACGCUGGACCGCAUGGAGGAUUUUGAGGAGGACCCGCGGGGGUCUCGGGGGCACCGGCGCUCCCUGAGCCGCAGCUCCGGCCCGGGGGGGCUGCGGGGGGGCCCUGACGAGCGCCCCCCCGGGGUGGUGCCCACCCCCCUGGCCGAGGCCAGCAGGGCCAUGGCCGGGGACACCACCCUGAGCGAGAACUACGCCUUCGCUGGGGUGUUCCACGUGUUCGACCAACACCUGGACAGCGCAGUCCGCAAGGUGCAGUUUGCCCACGACGAGCGGCACCUCCUGGCCUGCUGCUCCAUGGACGGGACUCUCUCCGUUUGCCGCCUGGCUCCGGGGCCGCCGGCCGUGCUGCGGCUGCUGCGGGGUCACGGCGCCGGCGUCUCCGACUUCGCCUGGUCCCUGUCCAACGACGUCCUGGUGUCGGCGUCGCUGGACGCCACCCUGCGCCUCUGGGACCCCGGGGAUGGGCGCUGCAUCCGCCGCGUGCCCGACCCCGACGGGGCUGCGCUGCUGUGCUGCGCCUUCCAGCCGCUCAAUAACAACCUGACUGUGGUGGGCAGUGCCCGGCACAUGGUGCGAGUGGUGAACAUCUCCACGGGGAAGGCGGCUCGUGGCGGCGCCGGUCGCUUGCCCGGCCGCGUCCUCUCGCUCUGCUUCGACGCCCCCGGGCGCGUCCUCUGGGCCGGCGACGAUCGCGGCUCCGUGUCAUCGUUCCUGUGCGACCCCGCCACCGGCCGGCUGACCAAGGCCUCGCGGUUGCUGGUCCAGGCCGGUGGUUCCAUCACGUCGCUGUCGGCGCGAGCCUGGGCGAGCCGUGAGGCUCCGGAUCCUUCCCUGCUGCUCAACGCCUGCCCCGACCGCCUGCUGCUCUUCAGGGUGGUGGAGGACGAGGGGGGCUCGGGGGCCCCGGGGCUGAGGCUCCGGCGCAGUUUCCCCACCCGGCACCGGGAGCAGCCCCUGAGGAGCUGCUUCUGUCCCCUGAUGUCCUUCAGACAGGGAGCCUGCGUGGUGACAGGCAGCGAGGACGCCUCUGUGCAUUUUUUCGACGUGGGCCGCGCCGCUCGCGCCACCGUGAACACCCUGCAGGGCCACGGGGCCGCCGUGCUCGCCGUGGCCUUCAACUGCGACGAGUCCCUGCUGGCCUCGGGCGACGCCGCCGGCACCGUCAUCGUGUGGCGCCGCCAGCACGCGUGAACCCCGAAAAGCACCCCGAGAACCACCCUGAACCCAAAAACCACCCCAAAAACCACCCUGGACCCCAAAAAACACCCCAAAAACCACCCUGGACCCCUGAAAAACACUCCAAAAACCACCCUGAACCCCGAAAUAACCAUGGGGAACC